GUGACAUGUACUCAUUAAUUUUUGACUUAUCCUUCAAAAUUAAAUGUAAAAAUCAGUCCCACGUUCGGCGAAAAAAUCACCACUGUCACAAUGUCUGCUAUGAAGCAAGAGAAGUCUUGUGAAAAAAUAUCCAAAAGAACUAAACCAGCCACCGAUUUUUCUAAAGUUGGGGGAUUAUCGAACCACAUAAAAAUUCUACGUGACACGAUUAUAGUUCCGCUGUUGCACAAUAACGUUUACACUCACUUCAACAUCAAAACUCCGCGAGGAGUGCUUUUUUACGGACCACCAGGUACUGGGAAAACUCUGGUAGCCGGAGCUUUAGCCACGGAAAUGAACAAGGAAGGUUUCGGUAAAGUGAGCUUCUACCAAAGGAAAGGGGCAGAUGUGCUGGACAAGUGGGUUGGCGAAUCCGAGAAGAAGUUGAGGGCUUUGUUCGAAACUGCUACGAAAAACAGACCUUCGAUUAUAUUUUUUGAUGAGUUGGAUGGUUUAGCACCUAUUCGUUCUGCCAAGAACGAUCAUGUUCACUGUAGUAUUGUGACGACUCUUUUGGCGUUGAUGGAUGGUCUUGAUAGUGUUGCGGGUGUUAUAGUAAUAGGUGCUACCAAUCGAAUAGAGUCGGUAGAUCCGGCUUUAAGACGUCCCGGACGUUUCGACCGAGAAUUGUACUUUCCGCUUCCAUCCACUGAAGCAAGGAAGGAAAUUCUACAGGUACACAUGCAAACGUGGAGACACAAACCAGCCAACACGUUUCUUUCAUAUUUGGCCGCACUGACCACCGGCUUUUGUGGUUCAGAUCUUCAGGCUCUGUGCGCCGAAGCACUACUUUGUGCCAUGAAACGUCAGUACCCAAACAUACAAAAAUGCCCUCUCGGGAAAGUUAAAAUAGAGGCCAGCGAGCUUAGGAUAGAUGAUAAUGACUUUAUCGACGCUCGAAAAAACCUGAUUCCGUCGUCACACAAACUCGGAAACAGAAUCCGAAAAUUGAGCCCCAUCAUAGCUCCUUUGCUUCAACACCAACUCGAGACGAUCCUGUCGAGGAUAAAAAUGUUGUGGCCGCACUUUUUCAUGCAGUUUUACAAGUACUUGAUAGGAAGCGAGAGGUAUAUUGGGAGAGUUGUGUUGGUCGGGUCGAGUCUGCAAGGACUCACUGCACAUAUAGUUCCGGCGAUUUUGCAGAACUUGGAACACUUGCCAGCGCUGUUUUUGGAUGCCACUAUAAUGCAGAAUAAAAAUAUUUUGUCGAAUUUUUGUAAAAAUUUGCCGUCGGUUUUGGUUAUUCCGAGAGUGGAUGAUUUGUGGAGUUUUUUGGAAAUUAAUGAGCAGAUGUAUAUUACGUCACUUUUGGAAGAUAUUCAUGCAGGGUUGCCUAUACUGAUUGUGGCGACGUAUGAGGAAGAAUUGCCCCUAAUGUUGCAGAACUUCUUUUACAACAACACAAGCCUCGUCAUCAACAUCGAGAACCCCACCGAGACCGAAGUGGAGGAUUUUUUCGUGCCGCUGUUCUUCGGGGACUCCUCAAACAGCCUGAACUCAGCUUUAUUAGCCCAUAAGCGAACCCCCGCAAAGAAAGCGUGCGAAACUUUGGAUUCAUCAAGUAAAAACACGAGAUCUUCAAAAUACGCCACUUCUAAAGUAUACAAAUUAAAGCCGUCGGGAAAAAUCACGAAAUCCCGCUCCAACUUGGCAAUCAAGAGACCUCUCAAGCUCGCCCCCAACAAAGACAUUCUGAGCCACUCAUCCUCGAAACGGUUCGACACGGAAUUGCUGGGAUGCGGAGCUGAGAGCCUGUGCACCCUGUGCGGAAGCACCGAAAAAAAGAAACGUUUAUCGCUGAUCCUCACGGAAUUGCUGCAGAGGAGCAUUCGCUACAUUUCCAGAAGGAAAUCCCCGAACGAGCGCAGCAGCAGCCACAGGAAUCUCGCCCUUGUGCGGGAAUACGAGGACUCUGAGGAUGCGGAUAAACAAAAAAUUUUUAAUUUGUGGCGACGCACUGUGCUGAGGACGGCCAAAGACAUGCCUCUGGCGCAUCUGGAGGUGCUGUACGACACAAUUUCGGCCUGUAUUAGCAUACACAAAGACAAUUUUUACAGUUUAAUCAAGAGUUUGGAGGAGACCCUCAGCGAAAUCGAGGAUGAUCACUAGUUUUUGUCCAGUUUUUAGUGUAAGAUAUUUAAGGUGAGUUGUAUUGUGGCUACAGCGAGAUCCAUCUGGAAUAAACAUGACUGAAAUUUU